AUUUGUUCGUCGCGUCAACCUGCUCGCGACUCGACAUCACCAAAGCAAGCAACGGAUAUUGAAGCGGCAUUUUGCAACUCGUCAAGUUGUCGCUCACCCCAAACUGCAAUCGCCCAUGAAGGCGGCGGUGAUUGGCAUAGGCUCUUAUUUCUAGAGCCGCCAAAAUGCCUGCCUUCACCUCGAUAAACGACGACCGCGAGGAGAAUGUCCUUGCCGAGGAGUUUGACAACACACGGCAAAUCCAGAUCGACGAUUCGUUGAAACUAUUCCAACAAGCCCUCAAGCUCCAUGCUCAAGGGCCCAAGUUCUACGAUGACGCCGCCGCCGCGUACCGGUCCUUGUUCGAUUCGGCCAUCUUCAAGUUCCCCGAGGCCACCACAGAGUACGAGCGCGCACACGGCUCCCAGACGCCUCUCCUGCCGCCGGGUACAGCCUUUAUCCCCACCCUUGAUAUUGCCGGACCUGAUGGCGACUUGGGGAGUAGUUUACUCCAAGGCUACUACCUGGCAUACAAGAAUCAUGGCCACUUCAGACUCGAUCGUAUCCGGCACAAAGCCAGAACGGCCGGUGGCCCAGAGGCUUCUCGCGCUGUUUUCGCGCAAGAGGAAACCCAGAGUGAGGCCCUGGAUGUGCUCGGCGACUUCAAUGCCGCUCUGGACCGCGACCCAUCGGAUGCUGAGAUGUGGAGGAGAGUGGCGCGCGUCUCUGCUUUCCUGAAGAGCGCCCGGCUGAGCCGCUACUGUUUGGAGGCUGCCAUCGAACUCGACGAUGACCCCGCCGUGGUGAAUGUCGAGCCGCCCUCUCUAGCCGAAGGCUACGCCGGCGAGCAACUCAAGAACCAGCUCAAGGUCCUUGGCGACGAGAUGGCCCUGUCGCACCCCAUCAUGGGACCUUACCUCAAGGGCGAAAUGGCUGCUGUUCUGAAGCGCUACCUGGAUCCCUUGCCAUAUCUCCCGAAUCCCUUAAAGGCGCUUGGCCCCGCCGAGUCAUCAACAAACGACACAGAGCCCCGGCAAGUGCUUGAUUUAAAAAUUGCUUCCUGGACUGAGCUUGGAAAAGCUCUAGUUGCCAUGGCUAUGGAGAAAGGGAUUUCUGGGCAAGCCAUCACGAUUCAAAUGCCCGAGCUUCCCGAGGAGGAUCGAUUCGUUCAGAUGGAGGUGGACAGCCAGCUCCAGGACCAGGUCGAGGCGCAGGUCCAGGAAGAAUCCGCCAACGCUCCUGUCAGCAACCACGAGUCCGACACUCCCAAGACGGCCGAGUCUGCUGGCUCCAAAACAAAGGCCGAGAACACACCGGCCGCGAAAGACUCGACGCAAAAGGAUUCAGGCCCCAUCGCUCCGCCAUUACGCAAGCGUUCACAGUCGGAGGCAGGAUUGCCAGAACCAGGAGAGGAAGAGAAUGGCGACUCUAAGCGUCCCAAGCGAGCCCGUCGCCGUGAAACAGCGGCUGAGGAGUCCAUUGACCCUACGAGGCUUAUCGCCACCCAGCUUCAGCCAUUUCAGGCCGCGGAUGCGAACCUUUUCCAGAUGACCAAGAACAUCCUGGAGAACUUAGGGGUCGUCGAUAAGGGCGCCUUUGACCGGAUAUCGGAGAUGCUGGAUUCUUGCGCAUCAGAAGACCGGCUGAGCAAGAUCACCUCGCAGGUUGCGCGGGAUCUCUGGACUACCAUCGACACGGUCAGCGCGGAGAACGCGAAGCUCGUGUCUGGCAAGCUGGACACUCCUGCACUGGGAUUGAACGCGUUUCUCGAGCACACAAAGUCGGGGUCUGUGACGACGUCAGAGAUCCCGGUGGCCGACGAGACGAUCGGCCUCAAGGCUUUCGUCAAGCGGAUGAACGAAGGCUGGUUCAGUAUCCAAGACUGUGCCUUUGAGUGGAUAUUAUCACUGUGUCAGAGCUACUCCGAAUCCAGGUGGUCUGAACAACGCAAGGUCUCCGUGGUCCAGGUCAUCAGCCGUAUGGACGAGGCGAUCUACCAACGGACAGUCCAUCAAAUCCAGGUUCAGGCGCAGAAGGCUGGGCCUCUAGCCAAAGAGCACUUGCCCGUUGAACACCUAGUCCAGAUGCUGUUUGAGCUCCACUUGGAUGUAUACGAGCGAAUCACCAACCCCAGCAGCGUUGUGGAUGAGGCCACACGGAAGGACACAAAGCUUCGUCUAGGGCGCUGGCUGAAUCUCCGGUCUCAACUCUUUCAAGAGUUUGGGGGCGAAGCUCGUGACCGACUUUCCCUCCGCUUCUGCUGGGCUGUUGUGUUCUCAACUACUCUCGAGGACUCUGCGAUGCCUGACCACAUCCUGCUCUCCUGGCAGUCCAUGCGGGAAGUGCUCGAGGAUGUCGGGGAGGUUGAUAUCCGCCUGCCAAACAACGUGGUCAUGCCCGAGGUUUCCCUGAAAGCUGUGGACAGGGAAAUUAGCAAACUCACCACAAUGGACUUCUUCUUGAGCCUCUUCCAGGAGGAAAUGGACGACCCGGUAUCCGUCAUCAGUAAUCUUGAGCCGGUGCUUAAUUCGGAGUCUGUGAUGGUGCCUACCAGCACUGCCGCCGCCGGAGGUUCGCCCGCGAAUGGAGAGGGCCAUGAUGACAAUCAGCCUCGCCAAGAUGCGGUGCCAGUGGCCGAGUGCGCGACACAGACCCUCAAGGACCUCUGGAAGUUUCUUCGUGGGAGCGGCACGGAACUACGUCUGUUCCUGUGGAGGCGCCUUGGAGACGCAUACCAAGCAAUCAAAUACACCACCAAGAAGUUCUCGUGUCUGCUCAAGGCCAUCGAGAUGAUAGUUAACGACUUCGCGCGGGACACCUACGUCGACUCCUCAGCCGAGGCCCGCACUGGCAUUCUGGUCCUUAUGCUCAAAAACCUGGACGAACUGCUGGUCGACGCUCUCACACUCGCCUUGAACGAUAACACCUCCUUCGACGUCAUCGACGAGCAGCAUUUGACAUCCAUAUCGGCAGCCCUGGCUAAACUCAGCUGCAUCCUACACGUCUGCGCAAUUUACGACGACGAAGUCGGCGUCGGCUUGAGGCAGUCGGGCGACAGCAACAGCGGCAACAGGAAGAUCCUCUUGGAAAAACUGCGUGAAUUUCAGUCGAGGACAUGGUGUCUGCAGUACACAGUUAUGAAGGUCGGGAUCCAGCAGAACAAGGCUUUGUUCACAGAUCCAUCCAACGACCUGGCGGAACUCCUCGGCGCUAUUCAUCAGGUUCUGGGCCUGCGCAAGGCCUGCAAAGCCUCCAACAAAAUCUUCCUCAAGAUGAUGCGAGUCGAGCUGCUCAAACAGGACGGCAUCGAGCACUGGGAGGACUACCUGGCCCAGGUCCUAUAUGACCUUCAUGGACUGAAGCUUGGUGUCGGGUCGUGGGAGGUUGAAGAGCACGGCUGCCCAUCUGAGAAGCUCGAGAAGCGCGCUGCAAUCAACCUGGUUGAAAAGAUCACCACGCUGGCAAAUCGCAUGUCGAUGAAAGACCUCCUGAAGUCGGAGCUCAAGACAACCAUCGAGCAUGUGCAACAGGCCAUCGGACAGGCCAAGUCGACCCCUCAGAUGAUCCACAACCUGCGAAACUUCACUGAGUAUCUCAAGAAGCCCAUCCACCCACUGCGCCUGUACCAGGCGUGGAAGGGUACGGUCAGCAUUGAUGCCGUCACAGUCACUACGACCGAGGCCGGCAUUGCCAAGCACGGCUGGUUUUUCUUGCUGGGUAUGAUUGCCUUCAGCAAGUUCAAACAGGUGGAUCUGAACAGGCGACAGACCCCCGGAGCGACCGACGACCUUCGCAUUGGGCAGGCCUUUUUGCGAAACCAGAUCCAGUUCACGCCAGAUCGCUGGGACGCGUGGCUGCGGCUGGCCGAGUGUUUCGACUACGAACUUGACGAGGCUGUCCUCUGGACGGCCGACAAGAUCAAUAAGGAUCGGGCCGAGCUGCUUAAGUUCCAGAGAAGCUCCAUCCACUGCUACAGCCUCGCGCUGUCUCACUCGUGUUCGAUGUCAAGGGUCCUUUCCGAGAAUGACACUGAAGCACUCUUUGAUCUGUACUACAACUUUGGCAUGCGCAUGUAUGCCUCCAGCCGAGAGCCUUUCGGCAUGGAACCUUUCAAGCAUGCCGAGCUCGAGAGGUUUUUUAUUGAACACCCUGUCGGAACCUACAAAAAGAUCAUUCACAUGGAAAUGACAGCGUACCAGGUCUGGAAGUUUGCGGCGAACCUUUUCAGGAAGGCCGCCAAAUGUCGGCCGAAGGACUGGAAGAGCCCGUACAUGUACUCCAAGUGUCUCUGGAAAAUGUACCAGACCCCCGAUGACGACUUGCAGGAAAAGAUCAGGCUCACCAAGCCGACAAAGGAGGAUCUUGUUCAGUCCCUUGAAAAGAGUGUGGAGGUGGUUUCACUGCUGCCAAAGCCACGACAUGGUCAGGAUCCUAUUCUGGAGCCACACUACAAGCUGCUCACCAUUCUGUACAAGCUCGUCGCCCGCGGCGACACGACUGCGCAGGAGGCUGCCAACAUCCUGCAAAGACAGCCGCACGCUCUGCGACGCGGCGAGGAAAUACUCAUUGGCGACUCGGACGACGCCGAAGACUGGGAUGAGUUCAUCAUCAAGUACCUCCGCCAACUUCGUGAUAAGGACAAGUCGAACUGGCAGCACCGCAUGAUCAUUCGACAUGCAAGGAUCCUAUUCGAUGCCGACGAGUCUUCCGGGGCGCAGAGCGAGACGGAUGCUAACGGCGGAACUCUGAUGCAAGCCAAGGCCGCCUUCUCGGUCCUGCGCGAGUCCAUGUUCACCAAGACCAUGGUGAUGAACGUCUGGAAGUGCGAUGCCGAAAGGCCUGGACGCCACCAUGUCUACACUGAGCAGUACGUGCGCUUCAUGACGCGCCUGCUUCUUGUCAUGAACGAUCGGGUCAACAUGGAGGCGCUGCUGCGCCGGAUCCGCAAGAAAGGCGUCGACUUCUACCACUUUAAUGAGCUGUGGCAGAGUUGCGUGCUCGCCUAUGUCGGGCAGAUCAGGCAGGCGUAUCAGAUUACCGAGACGACUGAGGAGACGUUUAAGAGCACCAGCAUGGAGGAGUUUGAGAUCAUGGGAGAGCGCAUCUCGGAAUGGGCCGGCAAAGCGACCGCGCAGCACGCGGCUUUCGAUGCGAUGAAGGAGGCAAUCGAGCUCAAGAAGCUGAAUACGAACCUGACCAAGGCAGCUCCGAUUGACGACCUCAUCAGCGACUGCUACAGCCGCCUCUACACCGAGAUCGCCCCCGACCUUCCUGGCCAACCGCCGGCACAGAUAAUCGAGGAGCGGCAACAGAAGACGAAGGAGGCGGCCGAGAAGAACGCCGAGGAGGAGAUGGACGGCCCGCGGCCCUCGGGACUUGACGGCUUCCUGAUCGCUCUCGAUACUCGUAACAGCAGCAGGGCGGGAUCCGAGGUCCCAGAUCGGGCAGACAGGUCUACGAUUGGAGGCGAGCACACUGCCCGCCCAAGGAGGGCUGCUGGUGUGCGACGGCCGGACAUUCUUCGCAAGGCCGAACAGGCGGUGCAGCGUGCGCUGGAGCCGCCGCCCAAAUCCGCAGUCAGCGUGUCGUCCCGCGGCGAUGGCGGGCGCAAGUCGAGAGUCGGCUCGACGUCGAGCGGCAGGCAUAGCCGGGCGACGCCGAAUCCAGACGCGACGGCACAGGACGACGACGAGGAUGAGGAGCAAAACGACGUCACGGAUCAUGAGAACGCCGGCGAUGGCGAUGGCGGUGGCGACGUGGAGAUGAAGGAUGGUGAUGAUGACGAAGAGGCCGUCGAUGAGACCAUCGGGGCGGACAUCAGCAUGGUCACGGGCGAGGACGACGUGGGCGCAGAUGGUGGUAGCGAGCGGUCUAGCAGCCCGCGUGGCAGCCUGCACGACUCGGCCGACGACGAGAGCGAUCUCAGCGACGUGCCCGACGACUACGAGAUCAACAUGCCUCCAAGCCUCAUGUUCCCGAACCUACACCGAAGUCUAGAGCCUGGACCGAUUGCCACUAGCGAGAGCGAGGACCCGGCCAGCCCGAUGGAUGAAGACGAGCGCGAAAUCGAGGAAGAGGGUGAGGGUGAUGAGGAUGAGGGUCCAGAGGAAGAUCUGGGCGAGGAUACCGAAGACGACGAAGAUGAAGACGAGGAGCUCGAAGAUGCAGAAGAAGAGGGAGAAGAGGAGGGUCACGACGACGUGACUAAUAACGCCGAGGACGAGGUGGACGAAGAGGAGGAUGAAGAUCUUUGAUCAUACAUUGACUGACUCGAUGUGACUCUACACACUCCUUGCUUUUUCCCUCUGUCGCCAAAGGACGCUGUAAUUGUUUCGAUAUCAUGGCCGGUUUACGGGGCUAUAAGGUUCUAGGUGUUCUGGGUCGGACAUUGUCGAGAUGGGUUUUGUUUGUCGUUGCUUUCGGAGUUUAAAAGAGGUCAGGCGAGGCACCACAUGCGACACCCAGAACGGUGUUCGGCACAGGACGGCAUUGUUUUCUCCUUCUCCUGCAUUUUUCGCCUGUUUUCUUUUGACAUUCCCAUGUAGAAUACUGGCACUCAGCCUGAGCGAGCGACCCUUUCGGACGAUGCCUAGAUAAUCCCAAGAUUAUUGCAUUCAUAAGGA